AUGGUUCUGCUAGAUCAUCUCUGGGACGACGUCGUUGCCGGGCCUCAGCCAGAUCGCGGCCUCGAACAUCUCAAGAAAGCCUUCACCAAACCCUUGAUCAUCAAAGAUGUUGGAGAGGGUAGUAGCAAGUACCAGAGGUCUAUGUCGAUGCCGGCCAGUCCGGGGACGCCGGCAACGCCUGUGACGCCAACUACUCCGUCGCCAACUGCGGCGCGUAAAGAUAACGUAUGGAGGAGUGUGUUUCAUCCUGGUAGCAACCUUGCUACGAAAAAUAUUGGGACUGAUUACUUUGACAAACCCCAGCCUAACUCUCCCACUGUUUAUGACUGGCUCUACAGUGGGGAGACUAGGAGCAAACAUCGUUGA